AUGAGUGGAUUUAAGGGUGAGAUAGUGUAUGUGGAUAACACGUUGUUUAUGGGAGUGAAUGGACGAUGGCGUGCAUGGCGAGUGGAUCAUGAGGGUAGACAGAGGCAAUGCGGCAUAAUACCGUCUGAAUGGCGAGUACAGGAGGAAGAGGCAUCCAGACAGCGUCGAUCCAAAGGGCGAAUCUCUGAUAUGAAACCGCUGAAACACCUCUAUGAACGGGUUGAACGAGUACCGUCAUCGCAAAGAAGACCUCUCGUUCUGGUGUCAGCCUAUUUGGCACCUUUCAUGCAAGCUCUCAUCGAUGAACACGGCGAUAAAUUUGCGCAGUGUGUGCCAGAAUGCCGUGCGUUGAACGCGAGUGAAGGCGAAGGGGUUAGCACAUCGGGACAAUGGAUUGAAGUGCGAAGACGUGAACAGCUGUUCGAAGUGAUAUCAGUGAGUGCGCUAGAGCACAUGAUCUCGCAAGGAUAUCACUGCGUUCUUGAUAUUACACCACAUGCAAUUGUUCGAUUGCACAGUUUAAGGAUUUAUCCGAUUCUCAUCCGGAUCAAAUUCAAAUCCGCUAAACAGGUGUUAUUAUAG